CCGGAAGCCGGAAGUGUCGGCGCUUCCGGUUGGCUUCCUACGCGUGGUGUACGAUCGUGUUUCUCAGGUGAAGCAUGGCCAAAAGCUUGCGGAGUAAGUGGAAAAGGAAGAUGCGGGCCGAGAAGAGGAAGAAGAACGCACCCAGGGAGCUCAACAGGCUUAAAAGCAUUCUCCGAGUUGACGGUGAUGCUCUGAUGAAAGAUGUCGAAGAGAUAGCCACUGUGGUGGCACCCAAACAUUGCCAGGAGAGGAUGGAGUGUGAGAAAGUGCAGUGUGACGGGGGUGACGAAAAGGAUGACAUGAAAAUGGAAACUGAAAUUAAGAGAAACAGAAAGACUCUUCUAGACCAGCAUGGCCAGUACCCAGUGUGGAUGAACCAGAGGCAAAGAAAAAGACUGAAGGCCAAGAGAGAAAAGAAACGGGGGAAAAGCAAAGCAAAGGCUGCCAAGGGCCUGGCCUGGUAGACCCUUAAAGACUGGGAAGGGAGCCAGGCAUGGUGGUGCACCCUUUUAAUCCCAGCACUCAGGAGACAGAAAGAGGUGGAUCUCUGUGAGUUCAAGGCCAGCCUGGUCUACAGAGCAAUUCCAAGACACCCAGGGCUCUUUUACACAGAGAAAACCUGUCUCAAAAAAACAAGAAAACAGACAAAAAAAACAGAAGCUGUUUGUUUUCAGUUUGGAUUUAGUUCUGUAAUUCAAAACCAAAAUAACUCAUUUGUGUUGGGAACUUGAAUAAAAUAUCUUUGGUGAUGAAAGAACGUUAUGCUGAAGUCCUGAUUGGAUGCUGCUUGAUACUGAGUAUUAUCAGACACUCAGUCUUGUGAGCAUUACUGUGUUGUAAUUACUUGAUCUUACAAAAUGGCUGUUAUACUCAGUGCCUCAGAUGAAACAUGCUUAUAUCAACAAAGUUUGAGCAGAAAGUUAUUAUAUUGUUAUAUUCAAAAAUAGGGUAUCAAGGGCCUAAGAAAGACUCAAACUUCUUUUUCUUGUUGGGUGGCUCAAAACCAGGGAUGCGCCCUCGUGUGUCCUUCCCUGACACCCGCAUUCAUAUGCACAAGUUCUCCACCCAGUAAUAACUAAAAUCGUCUUUAAAAGGACAUCCGUGGAUCUUACAAGUAGUGCUUACCUGAAGUGUUUAUUAUUUUAUAAUUCACAAUAAAUGAUAUUUUACAUGGA